GUAACUUCCUGCAUUGCUUCUUCCUUUGUCUCUACUUGCUUGGGUUUCAGAACGCAGCCUGGUUAUUUAUUUAUUUCCGAUUUCUUUUUUUUAUUGUAUGAGGAUAUUUUUGUAUAUCCAUUUUUCUACGGCUAUUGAAUGACAUUCGAGCCUGAUACAUACAUGCCUAAAAGUAAAGCACCAAAAAUGGAUGACCUGGACUACAUCCCGGUAGACCUGAGCCCGGAGGAGCGGUCCGAGCUGGAGGACAUCCGGAGGCGGAAGGGGGCCCUGCUGCUGGAGAUCCAGAGGCUCAGAGAGGAGCUGAGGGAGGCCAUCAUUGAGGUGGAGGGCCUGGAGACCAGCACAGAGGGCAGUAAAACGCUACAGAAAAAUAGGCACGUUGCCAUGGGAAGGAAGAAGUUCAACAUGGACCCCAAAAAGGGCAUCGUGUUCCUAGUGGAGAAUGAGCUCCUCCGACACACUCCUGAGGACAUCGCCCAGUUCCUGUACAAAGGAGAGGGGCUGAACAAGACCGCUAUCGGGGACUACCUCGGGGAGAGGGACGACUUUAAUAUCAAAGUUCUGCAGGCGUUCGUUGAUCUCCAUGAAUUCACCGAUCUCAACUUGGUACAGGCUCUUAGGCAGUUCCUGUGGAGUUUCCGUCUCCCUGGUGAGGCCCAGAAGAUUGACAGGAUGAUGGAGGCCUUUGCACAAAGAUACUGUCACUGUAACCCCGGAGUCUUCCAGAGCACAGACACGUGCUACGUGCUCUCAUUUGCCAUCAUCAUGUUGAACACCAGCCUUCACAACCCCAACGUGCGGGACAAGCCGGGAGUGGACCGCUUCAUCUCCAUGAACAGAGGGAUCAACGAUGGAGGAGAUCUGCCGGAGGAGCUGCUGCGAAAUCUUUAUGAGAGCAUCAAGAAUGAGCCCUUCAAGAUCCCAGAGGAUGACGGGAAUGACCUUACGCAUACCUUCUUCAACCCAGACCGAGAGGGCUGGCUCCUUAAGCUGGGAGGACGGGUUAAAACCUGGAAGCGGAGGUGGUUUAUUUUGACUGAUAACUGCCUGUAUUAUUUUGAGUACACCACGGACAAAGAGCCCAGGGGCAUCAUUCCUUUAGAGAACCUGAGCAUCCGUGAGGUGGAAGACCCCAGAAAACCUAACUGUUUUGAGCUGUACAUCCCCAACAACCGAGGGCAGCUCAUCAAGGCCUGCAAAACCGAGGCGGACGGGCGCGUGGUGGAGGGGAACCACAUGGUGUACCGCAUCUCCGCCCCCACCCCGGAGGAGAAGGAGGAGUGGAUACACAGCAUCAACUCUGCUGUGAGUGUGGACCCCUUCUAUGAAAUGCUAGCAGCUCGCAAGAAGCGCAUCUCCCUAAAGAAGAAGGAGGAACAGGCGUAAAUCAUUCCAUGUCCCUGCCCCAUUCCUUAUCCUCUUCCCUCAUUCCAUUAUGGGAUAAAAGACUAUUACACCAUCUCCCAACCCCGCAAAGUCUUACCACCCCCCCCCCCAUCCCCCACCUACAUCGAGGUAGAUUUUCUUUCAAACUUACAAUACUUUUUGCUACCCUGUUAAACAGAUUGUAUAUUUGAAACCUGGGCACAAUUCAUUCAUAAUGUUCACACUACUGCAGGUGGGCACACUACGUUGGUACACUACAUGGUACAACUCGGCUGUACUCCGUCCCUCUGUCCUUUCUCUUGCAUAAGUUUGCACCACCAUUGCCAUGAUAUGAACUGUGAAAAAAUAAUAAUGUUCCUGGGGUAGCAAAAAGACCAGCCAUUGUCUUACAUCAGAAUCAUCAUCUACCACUGUACCUUCUGUGCUUGGCAUAAGGUUAGGGUGUCUAUAUCGGCAUUAUUAAAGUUACAAUGCUUUAGUAUUAUAGCUGUUACGGACGGAAACACUUGGUCAUUGCUUGUUCAGUUUCUUAUAGUUUACACAAAUGAAACGAUAGGAUAUAUACCCAUCUAGUUAGAUUGCAAGCAAAUUGACAAGCUAUGAAAGCCUUAAUUGAUCCAAAACGACACAAAAACGUGCAUGUGUCUAUAUAUAAAGAAUGAAUUGGAUAAGGGCAGGGAAUGUACGUGAGUUGGUAUGUGCUUGAAAUGGAAUUGAAGAAGAAGAAAAUGCAUUCUGAGUCUGUGUUCAGUGAACACUUCAGAAAUGUGCGACUGAAAUGUUCUUAUGCUAUACUUGGGAAAUGAUGCAUUGAGAAUAGAGCAUGAUCACAACGGAGUGGUGUUUGCAUGUUUGGCACAUUUUCCUUUGUGGACUGAUCUGUAUGUCAAAACCGAUGAAUUUUCUGAGGUUAUUCAGAGGGCGUUUGUGCUAAUAAUACUGGCCAAUCAGACCAGGCUCUCCAUUGUGCCCUGAGACUGAAGAGUUAGCAAUGAUCUACUGUUUCCUGUAUUAGACUGUAUUAAGUCUGCCUGCAUACCGAAUCUAACUGAAGUUAAAUCCCAUUCUGUGUUAUAGUGGGUUAGAAGAAGAAAUUGAAAUGGCAGCUUAUUAUGAUUAUGUAUAAUUUUGUUUUUUGUAAAUACAUGCUAGUAUUUUUGUUUACGACUUACAUGGAAAGAUUUAACUUAUUGUUUUGUUUUUUUAUAUGAACUUGGUUUGCAUGUUUAAAUAAGAACUCGAGCAUCUUCCAUAGCAAAGAAAACCAGUACGGUGUAGAUCCAUUUGUAGUUGGUGCCGUUUAUGCAAAAGGACUAUUAGCGUUCCGUGUUUCUUGUUAAUUUACGCGCAGGUUACCAGCACACUUAAGCAAUUACCUCAUUUAUGUUUACCGUUUUAAAUGCUUGAAUGAAGUCUGCACUUACUCCCUUCUGUAGUUCUCACAACACACAAGUCAUAUCCUUCACUUUUUACAACACUGAAUAGAUGCAUUCCUUGAAAGGUUUGACUUGAGGAAAGCCAGUCCACGUUUCAUACCACAGAAAAUUAGACACUGGAUUGACUUUAACCAAAACACGGAACACUAGUAUUUCCUUUUAAACACUAAAUUCGAACUGAAAGACAGACACUUACAUGCAGAAGAAACACUGAAUAAUAUACUUAACAAUUGCCAACAGCCAUUACUGGCUCAAAAUGUAUCUCUAGCACCCUCUGGUGUAGAAUGUAUAUAUUAAGAUCCUGACAGUUUUGCUUCAUUGUUUGAGUGAGUGUCUCUGCUCUGUGUUGCCCGUGCCAGAGUUUUAAAUGACCUGACACCCAUCUGGCUGUGGUCCAGGCGGCAGGACAGUUUAUUGCAGUGGUGUUAUUUUUAUUAAGAGGGCAUUUAUGCUCCGUUGCCAGGCUAGAUCAGGCAUGGCAGUAGUGUCUGAUGGAAGCACAGCACAGUCUCCAUUACAGUAUGUUGUUGUUAGGUGUGGCAGAUGAGCACAAGGCCUAGCGGACAAUCACAGAUACCAAUGCAGUAUGACUCAUGAGGUUAGACUCGACUACGAUAUACAGAUACAUGUCAGUUGGAUUGUUAGUGAAGUUCCCAAUCUGGGGAGAAUAAUACAUUUUAAACUAUGAAUUCAUAAUCCCCAGUCCCCAUCCAGUUUCUUUUUUUAUUUAUUUUUGUUUUCAGAAUGGCAUUCUGUGUUAAAUGUAGCAAAGCAAAUGACAGCGGUACAAUGGUGCCAGUGAACUGUUAUGAAACAAUUAAACAGAACUACAAGGAAGGUUUGAACUUUUUUUCAUGGAAUUUGCUCUGGUUUGUAAAUGAAGGGCAUCAAAUAAAUUCUGUAACUUUGAA